CUGAGGCUGAUUGAUUUAUUAAGAAAGCGAGAGGAAAAAAUUAACCCUUCACAGUGCGAAAGCGGAAACGGAAGUGAGGAAGAGGACCACGCGCUGCUCUGUGUGAGACUGGAUCGCGUGCAGUAGCAGCGAGUGACAUGAAGAGACCGAAGUUGAGGAAGGCGAGCAAGCGCGUAUCAUGCGCCAAACGCUUCAAAAUACAAAGGAAGGUUCGAGAACAUAACCGUAAACUACGGAAAGAGGCUAAGAAAAAAGGGAUAAGCAGAAAGCCGAAGAAAGAUGUUGGGGUACCAAACAGCGCACCUUUCAAAGAGGAAGUGCUUCGAGAAGCUGAACAGAGGAAACAGGAGCUUGAAGCCUUGAAAGAGCAAAAUAGGAUUAUAAAGCAGCAAGAAAGAGCAGCGAAGAGGAAGAAGGAAAAAGAGGCAGGCGGCGCUGAAGCCGAACCCACAACUAAGGAGGCUAAAAAGGUGGAGAAAGCCAAAAUAGUAAAGGCCAAAGAGAAAAGCUCUAAAACGUUUAGAUGCUGCGAGCUGAACAAGGUGAUUGAGGCCUCUGAUGUGAUAGUGGAGGUCUUGGACGCCAGGGACCCUCUGGGCUGUCGCUGUCCUCAGCUAGAGGAAACCGUCCUGAAACAUGAGGGAAAGAAAAAACUAAUGUUCAUAUUGAACGAAAUAGAUCUUGUUCCUAAAGAGAACCUAGAAAAAUGGCUAAAAUACCUUGAAGCUGAAUGUCCAGCUUUUGUCUUCAAAGCAUCAACACAACUGCAGGACAGAACUGUGCAACAGAAAAAGCAGAGAGUAUCUAAUGCUGUUUUGGAUAACAGCAGAGCAGCUUCAUGUUUUGGCAGAGACUCUCUCCUACAGACACUUUGUGACUUGGCUAACAAGACAGAUGACGAGAGCAUGCUCAAAAUUGGUGUUGUCGGUUUCCCUAAUGUAGGGAAGAGCAGCAUCAUCAAUAGUCUGAAAGGAAUCAGAGCAUGCAGUGUUGGUGUACAGAGAGGAUUGACCAGAUAUAUGCAGGAAGUCCAUAUUUCUAAGAGAGUGAAGAUGAUUGACGGUCCAGGGAUUGUGGCGGCCCCUUGUAACCCAGGAGAUGUUAUGACCCUCAGGAGCCUGCAGGUGGAGGAGAAAGAAGAGAGUCCACUGGAAGCAGUCAGGACUCUACUCAAACAGUGCAAUCAGCAGCAUAUAAUGCUGCAAUAUAAUGUCCCAGACUACAGAAACUCUUUAGAGUUCUUGACCACAUUUGCCAAGAAACGAGGCUUCCUGCAGAAAGGUGGAGUACCGGACACAGAGCUGGCAGCCACAACAUUCCUCAACAACUGGACAGGGGCUAAACUGAGUUACCACAGCAGAGUUCCAGAGCGACAGGGCCUCCCCUCUUUCCUCUCUGAUGCCAAGGUGACAGAUCUGCAAUCAGGUUUGGAUAUGGACAAAGUGAGGAAAGGCAAUGAGGAUGUUAUCAAAGGUGUGCGGUUUCCAAAUUUAGCAAGCAGUAUAAGUUUUAACUCAAAGGGCUUCACUGCUGGUGUGCUCGAUGUCAGUGAGCUGCCUAAAGAGACAACGUCAACAACAACCACUGAUGUGAAGGUGAUGGACAUGACCGCCAACACGGAGGAGCCCGAGUUUGGAAAUCCUGUUUCCACAAUGGUGACACAGAUAUGUCAAUUAACACAGAAGAUCAAAGAUAAAUCAGCUAAAACAGUAAAGUUUAUCCCCAUCAACACUGACCUGACUUCAGUUCAACAAAACAACAAUGAUGAUGCAUAUGAUUUCAACACAGACUUUGUGUAAAAUGGUAGCAGCAGGGAUCCAAUGAGCAGAGAUCUGUUUUUGGCACAGUGUUUGUGUUCUAUGUGUUGACAGAUUAACAUGGACUGAAAGGUAUCAGGUUCUGGGACAGCACCCAGUGAGUGCAUAUUAUAGGAUCUCUGUAUCUACAUAAGGGUCUGCUGAUGUUAACCCUAAUUUUGUAUCUGUAUGUAUUAAAACAAUAUGAUUGUUCCAUCUAGUAUUUGAGAUUUCAGUCAUUUGACAAAAUUUAAUUCCAUACUCUUGCAAUGCAUACAAAAUGUAUAUUGAAAUUUAUUUUAUAGUUUCUGUUAGAACAGUUUCCCAUUAUGUACAAAUUGG